AUGGACAGUUCUGAUGCAUUGGUGUCGCGAGUUUUCCGUGAAAAAGUGCUGAAAUGGCUCAAGCGAUAUGCUCCGUUCGUCGCAACUCUGUUGCGCAGACGUCGAAAAGUCUUCAGCGCGCUAAGUCUGUUUGCGUGCUUGUUCGUCAGCGUCCUGGUCCUGCGAUCCAUCGAUGGAACUGCUUAUGAGGCAGCAGUGUCGAAAUUGGACCAAUUUCGCACGCUUUCAACGUCACCUCAGCCAGUUAUAGACUCAAAGCAACAACUGGUCCAGCUGUAUAAAAAAAUCCAUUUUGACACUUCGCUAGAGUAUCCUACAGUCUACGGACUGCACACAGAUCUCCUCACAGUGCAAAUUGGUCCGCAGAAAGGCGAAAAACUCAACUCUGCAGCAGAUUUACGAUUUUACGACGCAGACCCGCGACUGGUAUGGAGCGUACUGGCCAGUCAUCUAGCUCAGGCUUCCAAAACGGUCGUUCCGCUACCGUUCUCAUGGUACGAUUGGGCUGACUUCCGCGACUACAACAAACUUAUUUCUGUGCAACACUCGCCAUUGAAUUGCACUUUCUUGUUCGGACACCAUUUCAACUCUUCUCUCUUGCUGCAGAUCGAGACGGAAACUGGCGAGCGUUUGUUUGAUAUCGAUAGGACAUACUACAACACAGAAAAUGGUCCAGAGCUUAGCGAAAGCGAGAUUCAAGAUAUGCUGAAACGCGCAAACGAUUCUUGCGUGGCCGAUAGCCGCAGCUCGCAACUAGAUUCCAAGCGCUCACAAUCGUCCAACGCUUUCUCCACAGGGUUUAUCGUCAAGACGUUACAGGACCAGGUAAGACCCGAGGUUUACCGGUUGCAGGCCAGAAACUACAUCCUUCAUACAUUGAGCCUACCAUUGUCGCUAACAGUUCUAAACGGCAACUCUGGCGCGUGGCAAAUUCCAAUAAAGCAAGACCGUCGAGAAAACAUAAUGCAGUCGGGACUGCUUCAAGAAUACCUAGACCGCGGUUCAAAACGCUCGAAAACCCGGGGUGAGUUAGACCACCUGUCGGAGUUUGACAAGUUCGCUGAAAGUGACGGUUCAAGACACCUUUUGGUUGACAUAAAAGAUCUGAAAGAAGAAAAGACCAAAGCUUUUGCAGGCCUUUUUACAUACCUACAGAAGUCUGACUUUGAGUUCGACGCUUUGGCCAAAAUCGAAGAGCUUGCUUCACGAGCCGAAUUCCUUACCGCUCAUGAGUUGUCCUACCUGGAUAGUUUGCGCUUUUCCACGCAAACUCAUUUCGCAUUCACCCCAAAGUAUUUUCAAGAACCCGGAGGACUUAAGGACUUUUUGGAAUUAGGAAGGCAUCAUGAUGCUCGUUUUUUCAACGGCGCGAUAUUUCGCAAUCCAGAUCAGAGUCUUUUACGUUUGAACUCCAUGAUGAUAACGUUUCAAGCAUUUUUGAAAGCGAAUCAUCUUACUUGUUGGUUGGCACACGGCUCGCUGUUUGGAUACCUGUACAAUGGGUUGAAUUUCCCUUGGGAUAAUGACUUCGACGUACAAAUGCCAAUAAGACAUCUGCACAUUUUGGCUCAAAAUUUCAACCAGUCAUUGAUCCUGCAAGAUCCCAGGGAAGGCAAUGGCAGAUUCUUUCUAGACGUUGGAAGCUCCAUCACUCAUCGUAUCCAAGGGAAUGGGAACAAUAACAUUGACGCCAGGUUCAUUGACAUUGACUCUGGAUUAUACAUCGAUAUUACAGCGUUAAGCGUCUCUUCCGCUAUGCUGUCUAACAGAGACGCAGUGUUUUUCAACCAGCGCAAAGAUAGCAUAGGUACCGAACUCAAGCAUCGUGACCCGAAUCUUAUAGCCAACAAGACCGAUAUACCUCUCCAGGAACUCUACAACAAACUUGCGAACGACUCAUCACAUUCUGAUGAGGAAAGACGUCAGGUCGAACAAUUAAUUCAGGCAUAUAAGAUAAAUUUCCCAAGUAAUCCGUCCCCUACCAAAUUUUAUGCGGCAGACCAGCGCUACAAUCUCAAUCACGAACUGGGCUUAUACAAUUGUCGCAACCAUCAUUUUGUUCAGUUUGACAUGAUCUCGACCCUUGUGUCUACCAAAUAUCAUGGUGUCUCUGCGCUGGUCCCGAGCAAAUACAUCGCUCUUUUGAAAAGGGAGUAUAGGGUUCCAAUGAAAUCAUAUGGCGUCACUUAUCAAUCGAGAUCUUUUCUAAAAGGUGUGAGGUCUUGGAUUCAGUCAUCACUACUCCGAAAGCUGAUGAAUGUUGCGGGCCGUCACGAAGGCUUAGAAAGCGUCAGGUCGCCCGCAAACAAUCUCAAUGCAGAAGACGUAGAGAUCCUUCUGAGAAACUCUGCAAAAUCCAACUCUCUCGAAUUCCUUGCUUACAUGCAUAAUAGUAAGGAAAUCAGUACCUACCGACUUAAGGAAAUUGAACUUCAUUUUUCGCAGAAGUACACAGCCGAGAAGAAACAUUCGUUACUAAUACAGCUUUACAAUGAGGUUGGUUCACGGUUGAAACCCAUUAUGAAGGACCCCUUCAUUAGGUUUCUUCAGGAUCGAAAGUGGAAUGAACUAUCCAGCCAGCUGGAACUUAGCUCUGACGACCUCUCGGAGCUCAAUCUCGAGUUCGCUGAGAGUGUGAUCGCGUGGAAUUCUCUGUUAGACCGCAAAGAUCUCCCAUUCUUGUCUCGGCUUUCAGACAAAGAGGCGGGACAAGAUGACGGUGAUUUGAACAUUAACGACGGUGCCGUAGAUCACUCAAUUGUAUUUAAAGCGGAUCCUAAGCUAUUCGAGUAG